AUGUCUGAGACCGACUCCUUCCUCCACCUCGCCCGCCCGCUCGGCCCUGCGCCCGUCGGCGCCCAGCCAUCGACGGCGCCGCUGAACGUGGUCAUCCAGCCCCAGGUGCGCGCGCCCAACCGCCCCGGCGCCCCGGCCGUUUUCUCCGUCCUCGACCACUCGCUGCGCCGCCCCGCCGACCAGGAGCGCGUCAUCGGCACGCUGCUGGGCACCCGCAGCGAAGACGGCACCGAGAUCGAGAUCCGCAACUGCUACGCCGUCCCCCACACCGAGACGGCCGAGCAGGUCGAGGUCGACAUGGACUACCAGAAGCAGAUGCUGGCCCUGCACCUGCGCGCCAACCCCCGCGAGGUCCUCGUCGGCUGGUACGCCACCAGCAGCGACCUCAAUACCUUCUCCGCCCUCAUCCAGAACUUCUACAGCCAGCAGGGCGACGGCACAUGGCCCCACCCGGCCGUCCACCUGACCAUCUCCACCGAGCCCGGCAAGGAGAUCGAGUCGCGCACGUACAUCUCGGCCCCGAUUGGCGUCACCGCUGAGCGCGCCGCCGACUCGUGCCUCUUCAUCCCCGUGCCCCACGAGAUCAAGUACGGCGAGGCCGAGAAGUCGGGCCUCGAGCUCAUCUCCUCGGCCAAGGACCGCGAGGACCGCACUUCGGAGAUUGCCACGGACCUCGACCAGCUCGAGCGCGCUAUCCAGCACGUCCUCGACAUGCUCGAGCGCGUCUCCAACUACGUCAACAACGUCCUCGACGAGGAGGCUGAGCCCUCGUCCGCCCUGGGCCAGUUCCUGAUGAAUGCCCUCAGCCUGGCCCCCAAGGUCGACGCCGCCGACAUUGAGCGCGACUUCAACGCACACAUCCAGGACGUCCUCGUCGUCUCCUACCUCGCCAACACCAUCCGCACCCAGAUCGACCUCUCGAACCGUCUCGCAACCGCUGCGCUCACCCUCGGCGGCGGCGACGCGCUUGCCGGCGACAACCAGAAGGAGGGUGGCGACAGGAAACAGGGCGGCGACCGAAGGGGCGGCAACAAGGGUAGGCAGCAGAGGCAGCAGGAGGCGUGA